AUGUUAUCAUCUCAAGAUAGCAGAACCCGGCAGUCAACUCGGUUUGAGGUUGUACAACAACCUACAGUCUACCUACGCAGUCAGCCUGAACAUGAGCCACAUGUCAGUGCUCGAAGCCAAGAGGAAUAUCUGACCACCUGCCAUGGAAAAAGCAACGACCCAAUGAUUGGGGGUGGAAGUGUCCUUCCUAUCAACUCCGUACUUCUCUAUUAUCCCUAUCCGCCAGGCCAUGACGACGACUACUGUCCGCGGAGUGCAAUGAUAAUAUGA